UUCAUGUAGUGAUGGCCCUGUUUGACACUUUCAUUGACUUUCUUCUUCUUUAUGUUUGCAAAGAUAUUUGGAAAAAAGCGCUUAUGAAUUCAAGAGAUGAUGAAACGCAACACAGCUCUAGACGCUUCUUCUCCAUCGAAUAGGUCGGGAGUUUGAGUCACCUGCAGUUGAAAUGUAUCCAGUUCGCAUGAUUCUAGUGAUCAUCAUAUACCUUUCAUCCCAGGCGAGAGCACAGGAAAAUCCCUUCCGAUGUACCAGCAACGGGGGCUACAAGAAUAAUAGCGUAUACAGCGCCAACCUCAACGCCCUACUCCUCUCUUUUUCCACCAACAUUAGCGACUACGGCUUCCACAGCGCAUCUGUUGGCGCAGUCAACGGCCUCGCCCUCUGCAGGGCCGACCAAACCCUUGACCAGUGUCGCACUUGUGUCGAGUCAGCCUCGCGCCAGGUGCUUCAGUCGUGCCCCAGCGCGAGACAGGCGGUUAUAUGGUACGAACACUGCUCCUUGCGCUACUCUGACUAUCCCAUACACAAUACGCAGACGGAAGAUCCAACCUAUCUGCUAAUAAAUACACAAAAUGCUUCGAAUGGAGAUGCGUUCAAGGAGGACAGGGCGAGGCUGCUGUCUGAUCUCACCGCACAGGCGGCUAACGGCACGUUCGAGCUCAAAGUUGGUGCAGGGGCUAGGAAUCUCUCACGCUCAGAGUUUUCGAUGAUUUAUGCUCUGGUGCAGUGUACACCGGACUUUUCAUCGGAAAAUUGCCGGAGAUGCUUGGCUGGGCAUUCCCAAUUCCUUCAAAGUUAUAUUUCGAUUGGGUUCAGAGUGCUAGGACCCAACUGCAUUAUUUGUAAUGGAAAUAAUACAACACUUAUACAAGGAAAGAAAGAUGAUAAUACGGCAAAAGUUAUCAUCUUCAUUGCUGUCCCAGUUGGAGCAACUCUAUUAUUUGCUGCUUGUGCCAUUAUCAUCUUCACUAGGAGAAGAACGAAGCAGAGCAGUGCAUAUAAAAUAGCCGAGUCUGCUGACGACAUUUGUAAUGUUGAAUCCCUGCAAUAUGAUUUUCGCAUCAUCAGAGCUGCAACUAAUGAUUUUUCCGAUGCUAACAAGCUCGGCCAAGGCGGAUUCGGGGCUGUUUAUAAGGGAAAACUUCAAAGUGGCGAAGAAAUAGCAGUUAAACGGUUGUCCAGAGAUUCAAGGCAAGGCAAUGUGGAAUUCAAGAAUGAGGUUUUGUUAGUUGCCAAACUUCAACAUAGGAAUCUGGUGAAACUCUUAGGUUUCUCUAUGGAAGGAACCGAGAGGGUACUAAUAUAUGAAUUCGUUCCGAAUGCAAGCCUUGACAAGUUCAUAUUUGAUCCAGUCAAAAGUUCGCAGUUGGAUUGGGACAGACGCUACAUGAUCAUAAGGGGUGUCGCGAAGGGGCUUCUGUACUUGCACGAAGACUCUCGACUCAGGAUCAUUCACCGUGAUCUAAAAGCCAGCAACGUACUGUUGGAUGGAGAUAUGAAUCCCAACAUUGCAGAUUUUGGCAUGGCGAGAUUGUUUAAACAAGAUGAAACUCAAGGAAAUACAAGCAAGAUUGUUGGAACAUAUGGUUAUAUGUCGCCUGAAUACGUGAUGCAUGGUAUGUACUCGAAUAAGUCUGAUGUGUAUAGUUUUGGGGUGCUUGUUCUGGAAAUCUUGAGUGGUCAGAGAAGUGCUUGUAUCAAAAAUGAGGAGAAUGGAGAGGACUUAUUGACUAUUACAUGGAAGAAGUGGAGUGAAGGGACAGCUGCAGAUAUGAUAGAUCCUGUGGUGAGGAAUGGAGCGGGAUCUGAACGUGACAUGGUGAGAUGCAUUCACAUCGGACUGUUGUGCGUUCAAGAGAAUGCUGCAACGAGGCCAACGAUGGCUUCGGUUGCUCAAAUGCUCGGUAGAACGACAAUGAGUCUGCCAGUGCCCUCUGAGCCCGCAUUUUAUUUGAGUAGUCGCUAUGGCCCCGUAGACUCCUGCUCAAGCGAAGUGAGAACAGGUGUAUCUCAAGGCUCGUCGUCUGUAAACGAUGUUUCAAUCAGCGAGUUAUGUCCUCGUUGAUUUUGUCUCUACAUACAAAUUAAUUAUACAUGUAAAUUUGUUCUGUUUUUCUCUUGUAUCGGUGUUUGUGAGUUAGAACUUUUGAAAUAGUAAAGCUUUGUAGAUAAUGUCUAAAACAGUUAAUGAGGAAAAGGAGGAUUGAUUCAAAUUCCAAACCACGAGAUUCAUCGUU